AUGGGAAACUUUACCAUCGUGAACGGCCAAGUCUAUACGCCCGGGCUGGCCAUCGUCGACGCCCCACAACCCAACACCCCUCUCGGAGGAGACAACCUUCAGGUCGCCAUCGACGUCUCCGGCAAUGGCCAAUUGUCAUGGCCCCCUUCCACGCAGUCUGCCGAUGCGCCAACUCGUUUGUUUGGCAUCACGCUAUUUUUAACCUCCGAGUCGCUAUCGCACAACUUCACCAUUUCCAAUGGCACUGAGCCAACAAAUAACAGCACUGGCUAUGUCGGGCCUGUGCUCGAUCUCGAGCCCUCCUCAACCGUCAAACACGUCAACUGGAUCUGGCCGGAGUGCCUGGUUGGUGACGGCGACAGCAAGGGGUCGGACCGAGGCGCUUAUAACAUCUCCAUGCAUCAGUCAUUCCGCUGGAAUGGAACCGACUACUAUACAGUGUUCGACCUACCCAUCUCCGUCACCAACAGUAUCCCGAAAAGUUCUGACCGGGUGGAUUGCGACUCGCUCGAAAACAAACUACUGAGCGUGGCGGAGGUUCAGGAGAGUUCCGACUCGCUUCCUGGGCAGCCUUGGCUCCAGAGUGGAGUGAGCACCGGCACUAGCACUGGGUCAAGCGCGUCGGCGACCCAGACGAACACCGGCGCGGGGGUCAAAAGGGCGAUGGCUCUCGCGGCCGUCGGGACCGCCUUAACAAUGAUUUUGCAGUUGGGAUGA